AUGGGAAACUCGCAGAGCUCUUCUACCCUCAAUGAGCCCGCUGUCGAGAAGAUCCUCGUCCAACAACUCCAAUCACUUCGAACACGCGAUAAGCUCUCCCAGGUCGAGACCGACCACGACUAUGUCCAAGUCGACGCCGAGAAAGGUAUCCCGCACUGCUACUCAACCGACCCGUCUCUCGACAUCAAAGCCGCCGCAGAAUGGGAAAGAGAACUACUCUCCUCGCCCAAGAACCGCCUCGCAUUAAACGCCCUCCUCUCCAACGACAUCCGCUCCGUCAUCAGCAACAAGGUCGCAACUCUUCCCGACACGCAGACGUUCAACGUCAAAAUUCCGUUUGAAGGGUCACCAGUGACGAACCAACGCUCCUCCGGACGAUGUUGGCUGUUCGCCACGACCAAUGUGUUACGUGUCCCGAUAAUGAAAAAGCACAACCUGAAAGAGUUUGAACUGAGUCAGUCGUACUUGUUCUUCUGGGAUAAGAUGGAGAAGGCGAACUGGUUCCUGGAACAAAUGAUUGAUACGGCCGACAAGGACCUGGGAGAUAGGGAGGUUCAGGAGCUGUUGGGCGCUCCCGUGAAUGAUGGUGGGCAGUGGGAUAUGGCAAGUAACUUGGUGGAGAAAUACGGAUUGGUUCCGCAAAAGUUGUACCCGGACAGCUAUAACGCCAUGAAUUCCUCGGCCAUGGGAUCGAUCCUGACCACAAAACUGCGAGAAGACGGUCUUGCUCUGCGCGCUCUUGUUCACAACGGAGUCCCGGCCAACAGCCACACCGCGAGGUCAUCCUCACUGGUGCUGGCAAAAGCCAAGAUGAUGCGUGAAAUCCACUGCAUCCUCACGCUCAUGCUGGGCCCGCCGCCCAAACCCGACGAGAAAUUCACGUGGGAGUUCUACGACAAGGACGAAAAGUACCACAAAUUGGCAAUGACGCCGCUCGAACUCGCCAAAUCACUCUCCGCACCAAGCGUGGUGAGGAGCUUGGGUGGCGCCGACGUCGCCCGCAUGUUCAGCUUAGUGAACGAUCCGCGCAACAAAUACAUGUCCCUCCUCACCGUCGCUCGCCUAGGCAACGUCGUCGGGGGACGACCCAUCACCUAUGUCAACGUGGACAUGGCGACGAUGAAGCGAGCGGCCAUCGCCAUGCUCCGCGCGGGACUGCCCGUCUUCUUCGGCAGCGACGUGGGCAAAUUCUCAAACUCCCAAUCCGGAAUCAUGGACCCGGACCUGUACGACUACGGCCUCGCCUUCAACAUCUCGCUCAACCUCUCCAAAUCUCAGCGCCUCAAGGCCCGCGAGUCCGCAAUGACCCACGCCAUGGUCUUGACGGGUGUCCAGAUGGAAGAUGAUGGGAAAGGCCGUGGGAAGAGCGUGCGCUGGCGCGUCAUGAACUCCUGGGGCGAGAGCGCCGGCGAGAAGGGCUACUUUGUCAUGACGGACAAAUGGAUGGACGAGUUCGUGUACCAGGUGGUCGUGGAUCCGGGCUUUGUGGCCAAGGAGGUUCGCGAUGUCUUGAAAGGCGAGCCAACUGUGCUGCCACUGUGGGAUCCGAUGGGGGCCUUGGCGUGA